UGGAAGCCCAGAUUGCAUAGACUGUCUCGCGUAGGCAACAUUCUGUCUCAUUUCUUGUUGUUAAGCCCUCCACUGUUUUGGCCCUCGUUCAGCUGAAUAUGCCUGAGGACGUCGGUAUCGAACACUGGGUGCCGCGUGAACAUACGGCUGUCGAGAUUAAAUUCCGGCCCCCACACAAGAUCAAGCUGGGAGACAUCGGGUGCAAAGGAAUAGUGGCUCAGAAUAUCUUCAGUCUGCCCUACCCGACUGGCUUGCUGUUUUUGAUACCAGGUGCCAACGUAUCUUACUACUCUGCAUUUGCUGUUGAAGUCGGACGGCAGCCUCGUUUUCUUCCGGCCAAGCUAAAAAUAUCCGUCCCCAGAUCGGGCGCACAGCGACAGGUGGACGCGAUCAAUCGCCUAUGCACACCCCUUCCUCACCUGGAGGCACUGUCCAAUGGCUCUCUCAAUAGGAAUGCGGGGCCCCAGAGACCUGAUCAAUCCAUUCUCAGGACUAAAUCUGCCUUCCGCGACUGUGCAGGCCGCUAUAAGCGAAGUCCUGCAGUCGGGUAUCGAGUGGUCAGAAAGCCAGAUUGCCUGCAUCAAUUCCAUCAGGUCGCUUCCGAACGGUAUCCUUCUCAUACAAGGGUACCCCGGAACAGGAAAGACAUUCACCCUCGUCGCAAUAGCUUCGAUAUUAAUCUCACUGAAUUUCCACGUUGUCUUUAGCGCGCCAAGCCAUUAUGCUGCUGAUGCAAUCUGUGAGUCGAUGGAUAAGUGGUUGGAGCUCACGGGAUCGAAUCUCUAUCCGCUAAGGGUAUAUCGUCCUGUGUCAGAGGCUAGAGCUUUCC